UUUUCAUUUAUUAAAUCAACUUUUAAUCUAAAAAUACUAAUUGAAACUUGAAGCCAUUUAAUUAAAGUCAUCCUAAACUGUGUAAGUGUGAAUGUGGGAGAAACAUGUAAUAAAGAGUAGUAACAUCAUGAGGAUGACAUAUUACAGAAGAGUGAUAGUUCUGUUACAGCCGGUGAGAUAAAGACCAGUUUCUGGUUAAAGUUCACCAAUACUAUAUGGUGAGCAAAGAAGAGUAUCAGAAAUAUUACUUAGGCCUGGGUUACACCAGCAGGGUGGUUCAAACUAAGAUACGCAACUUCAGCUAUGCUAUUUGCGUAGCUGAAGUUGAAGUAUCUUAGUUCGACUUACCUGGCUGUCCUCACGGCGGCGAGUUGACUGCCGCAGCUCCCCGGUCGAUGCCACUUACUCCUCCUGCCGAGGUGGAGUACGGGCGUCGAUUCGUGGAUCGAUUUAUCGUGUCCAGACAAGACGUGAUAAAUCGAUCCCAGUUACAUCGAACUCUACCUGCCGAUCUGGUGGGUAGUACAGACGUACCCUCAAAGAGGUAACUAAAAUAAUUUUUUUAUUGCAUUUAUAAGAACAAUUUUGAAAAUAUGAUUUUACAAUAUUAAAUUAUUUUUCUACAUUUGUUAUACUGGUAAAGAUAAGGUAAGAUUCAUUGGCCCCCAAAUAUUAUGUAAAAUACCUCAGAUCAAUAAUAUGGUGUGAAAAUAAUACAACUUAUUAAACUCUAAGACCCUGAUCCUGUAAACACUUACCGACAUGCUCAACAUUAACCAUAUUAAUAGUCCUAUGAAUACUCAUUUGCAUCACACAUGGGUACCAUAGAUCAUACCACUAAAAUGAUAUAAGGGAUAUAGAAGUUACUGCAUGACAUUAGAAAGGGAGAAAAGGCGGAUUGUAUUUAAUUAAUACUUUAUGGCAUGAAAAAUCAUAUAAUAUAUCAAUAUUAUUUUAGUUUCUCUCCUUUAUUUACUGAUUUCGUGUAAACAACAAUUGUAGAAUGCCAGUUUUCAGCAAAUACAUAUUUUUUGUUGCUUAUACCCUUAUGGCUUUUGCUAAAAAGAAUAUUUUAAAUAAAUUUAUUUUCAGGUUUAAAGACUCAGAUAAUACAAUUAUCCUCUUACAUGUUGUUAUAAAGUACAGUAAAUAAAAUCAUAUAUGGGAUGUACUAAUAAAACUGGGAUCACCUUGCUGAUCUUAUAACAAAUGCUAGGUAACAGGACCUUAGAGGUUUUAUAUAUUUAUUCAUUUUAUGAAGACUUAAAAAAUUUACCAAACACCAUCUGGAUUGAGAGACUAAACCUAUUAGAUUUGGGCUAGAUCCAUUGGUAACACACAAGUCAGGUGCACUAUUCCCCAGCUAUCAGCUAUUGGUAAUGGGAAAAGUACUGGGAUUUUGGUCCCCUCUUGGGUCCUGUAUCUAUCACAUCAGCAGUGGAUAGCAAGUGUUUUAUAAAGGUGAAGUUCCACCCUUUCUAGCUGCUAGGAGUUUUCUGUCUUUUUUUGACUCAUCCAGUGCUUCCUGACUGCUGUGAGAGGUGAGAGAUGUAUUGCUAUUCUACUCCCCUGGACUGUCUAUUUUUUAGGUCUUCCUCCAAGCUAGUGACUAACUCCUAUGCCUGCCUCUGCUACUGUUUACAGCUUUUCCAAGUAGCAAUAAUAAAGUUAAACUGUCCCAAUUCUUGGCAGCUGAGACUCCCAUGGUUGCUUGUAGUAUCAAGGGUACAGGGCCGGCUUUAGGCCAAAUCCUCCGAUUCCCCCGAAUCGGGCCCCGCAGGUAAGAGGGCCCCGCGCCCGUGCCUAAGAGCCCCCUGUGCCUUAGGCUCACCCGGCGGCGGUCUGCUCCGGCGGCAUUUCGGCAGUGGAAGCGGGGGUUCGCUCCAGGGUCUUCGGUGGCAUUUCGGCGGUGGGGGGGGUCUUUCAGUGCCGCGGAACAUGUGGAGUGGACCCCCUGCCACCGAAGUGCCGCCGAAGACCUGGAAUCGGGCCCCGCAUGUCCAAAAGCUGGCCUGCAAGGGUAUAUUUUUUACAUUCUUCGGGAAGUGUGUAGAGCUGACCUACAUGUCAAAUAUAUAUUUUUGUGCUGCCACUAUUCCAGUUUACAAAACGGUCUGGAUUUUUUGGUGCAAGCAAAGUGACUACACUUGUUCUUUAUGUAUUUGGUGUAGCGCUCAUGUUCUGAGAUGCAUAAGGGUCUGGAAAUGCAGUCAGUCAUUCUCUAUACUCAUGUUGCAAUUGGGGCCAAAAUUAGACAGGAUUCUGCUUUUAUCUUAGAGUUACUCUAGAUUUAUCCCAGUGUAGUUGUGGGCAGCAUUCACUGUUGCUAGCUCAUAAUUAAUUCUGAGAGUCUUUCACAGAAGUCACGGAUUCUGUGACUUUCCGAGCCCUCCAUGACUUCUGCAGCUGCAACAGCUGUCCACAGGGCCUUACUCAUACUACUUGGCAUUUUUCCUUGAAGGAUUCUGAUUAUUAGCCAUCUUUUGGCUCCCAGAAAAACUCUUAUCCCCUCUGAUUCUUAUCCAAGAGUUGUCCAUAAGUGAAAGACAAGGUGGAUGAGGUAGUAGUGACCUGUUUCUGUUGGUGAAAGAGAGACAUGCUUUCCAUAUCCUUGGACCAACACGGCUACAACAACAAUGCCUAAAACAAGUGAAAGGCAGGCUUGUAGGGCUUCAAUCAAGGAAGAAAGUGCUGGGAUGUGCCUUCAGUGGAUGCAGACUACAAACCUGCCUGUGACCCAUGCUCCCCACAAAUGGUAUGUGACUGGGGCACCCACAUUACCACACAAUGGGGGAGACUCUGCCAGAGUCCCGGGGCUGCGGGCUGGGAAGGGUGGAUGUGGUCAGGGCAACAGUGGGCUGAGGGGCUGCAGCCCUGAUUCGGGGCUUUCCCCAGGGACCGUGAGUGCUGGAGGCCUAUGGAGAGGGAUGGUACCUCUCCCUGUGGUCUACAGACCGUGCCCUUCCCUGACAUUUGGCGUCGGCAUUCCUAACACUUCCCUCCCUGCCAACCUGCCUGCAGCCAGAGCCUUUCUUUCAAAAAAGUUGUUCCUAAGCAGGAAGUAGCAUGCCUGUUGCUAACAUCCGAAUCCCAUUCACACUCAAGUCAAUGGGAUGGGAUCAGUUCCGGGCAUAAUGUUGCUAUUAAGCGAACGUUAAUAUGGGCAUUGCUAGGAAGUGGCAUCUCCCUAAUGACGUGAGAACCUCGCUUUUCAUUUUCAAUCGUUCCUAACCCUCCCGCCUGCAGAGACACGCUGGACUUUCUCGCCCUAGGUUAUCCUGCAGGCGCGGGAACCAAAAGUCCCCGCUGGCAAUGCUGGAGCUGCUCUUUGGCUGCGUGUUUCUUCCCGAGCUCCGCUUGCUGCCAAGGCAGAUCCAGGGAUUAACAACACACCGGGCACCGCAAGGGCUCCUGCGGCCUUAGGCAACCCCACUGCCCAGGUGUAGAGCAACGAGGGCGCGUCCCCCUUCUGCGGCUCCGCCCGGCGCGGUCUCCCCAGCGGCGGGAAGCCGGCGCCAAAGCCCCGGGGAGCCGCCCGACGGGUGGGAGGGGGAAGCGAGCACAGCAGGGGAAUCCCCGCGCGGCCGCAGGUGCAGGCAGGGAGCUAAUGCGCCCAGCGCAGGCGGCGACGGCAGCGCUAGGGCUAUGUAGGGGCGCGGGGAUGCGCGGGCUCCCGGCAGCAUGGCAGAGCAGCUCUUCUGUAAGGGGGUGUCCGCGGUGAUCAGCAGCGCGGGCUGCGAGGAGAGGAGGGCUGAUAUAAGGCUAACUGUUGAAACUUGUACAUCAUCAAGUCCUAUCCAUAAGAAGGAACUUACUGUGCGUAUUACAGAUGAUGCAGAUCCAUUAUUCUUGUAUUCUGUUGCUAUAGGAGAGGAAGAUUUUCAGAGUUUAAAGAGCCAACAAGGAUUGCUUGUAGAUUUUUCAGCUUUUCCCCAGAAAUUCAUUGAUUUGUUAGAACAAUGCAUUUUGGAACAAGGAAAACAAGUGCCUCGGUUUUUAAUUCAACUUGUAACAUCUUCCCCAGCAUUGGAUUGCAUGCCUGCAUGUUUAAAUGUAGUGGAAACCAAUCCAUUCAAACAUCUCACUCACUUGUCUCUAAAGCUUUUGGCAGGAAGUGACAGUGACAUCAAGAAAUAUCUUGCCGUCUGCAUUAAAAAUUUAAAGAUGGAAAACAGUAUGUUGGAAGAUAAGCUACACAGAUCAGAAGAGGGACUUUCAAAAAGACUAACUGUAACACAGCAGGCUUUGGCAGAAAAAAGUAAGGAACUGGAUAAACUGCAAAAUGAAUGGACAUCACAGACCACUUCAUUGACUAACAAGUACUCCCGAGAAAUCACAGCAGAAAAGGAGAAAGUGCUACGGAUUCAAGCACAGUACCAGCUUCAGCAUGAACAGCAAAAGAAAGAGAUGGAAGCAACUUGCAACAGAAAAGUACAUCACUUAGAAACCAGGGUAUCUGAAUUUGAAACUGUUAAUAAGGAUCUCACAGAGAAAAAAUACAAGUCUGAAUCUUCUAUAAGGGAGCUGAAAUCCAAAUUUGCAGGACUUGAAGAGGAGUAUCAGAGGGCAAAACAAGAAGUUCUGUCCCUCCGAAGAGAAAAUUCAACUCUUGACACAGAGUGCCAUGAAAAGGAGAAACUCCUAAACCAGCUAAGAACACGGAUUGCAGUCCUAGAACAAGAAGUGAAGGAUAAAGAGCAAGUAGUAAUAAGAAGCACAGAUGUCUGUGAAAGUGCACAGGAACACAAGAAAAAGUUGGAAGAAUCUCUGGAGAUGAAACAGCUUCAAAUUGGAAAAUUUGAAACCACUGUGAAGUCUAUUUCUGAGGAACUUCUGAAAGCUAAUGAAAUUAUCAAAAAGCUCCAGGGAGAGAUGAAGAAACUAAUGGAGAAGAUGAAGUUAAAAAAUGCAGUGACACUGCAACAAGAAAAAAUAAUAGGGGAAAAAGAGCAAACCCUUCAAAAGGAGAGAUUGGAGCUGCUUAAUGUGAAACAGGCCCUUCAACAAAAAGAGGAAGAGGUCUUUAAGUUGCAAGAGCAGCUGGACAUCACUGUUCAGAAAUUGGAAGAAAGCAAACAGCUGCUGAAAACUAAUGAGAAUGUAAUUUCCUGGCUAAAUAAACAACUGAAUGAGAAUAAAAUUGCAUCUAUGCAUGGGGCAUCAGGUCACAGUGAUAUGCCAUGUGCUGGAAGUGCCACCAAUUCAGCAGCCUUGCAGAAUGGCCUGGUACGCAUCAACUUAUCAGCAAAUUCCACCAGCACUCCGUUACAUGAGACGAGACCUUGUCCACCAACCUCCACUCCUUUAGUGCCCCCAAACUCAGGCCAUGUUGAGCCACCUGGUUUAGACAUGAAAUAUUUGAAGAAAGAUGGCAACUUGCCUUUGAGAGGACUAAAACCUUUGUCUGUAGCAAGUACAGUGUUAUCAAGAACUAUGUUACCCAAGCAAGGAACUCCACCUGUAAUAUCUGCUUACUUCCCAGGGCAACAGACUAGACUCCCUGCAUCAUAAGCUCCAAUUUUAUUAAGAGGCUUGCCCAUGUUAAUGGAAGCAGCAUCAAAUAUAUGCAUCUGAUUUAGCGUGUCUAAUGUAAAAGAAAAAAGAGGUGCUUGAGCAACACUGUCAUAAAAUUGACUUUAUAGUCCAUCUGGACUUGGUUACUCUUUUCUGUAAAGUCUGUGCUCAUCAAAACUGCCAAAAUAUGUUCUGGAGGUAAAGCCAGCUAUUAAAAAAAUGAAUGAUUUCAUUUCUAGUUCUAAGUCUUUAAAAUGAGUUAAUGUUUUUGAUUUAUUUUGUUUAGUAUAAAGCAGUAGCUGAUUGACUCUUCAAAGAUACAAAGCUGUGCAGGCUAAAUGAAAGCAUUUAUUUCAUGUGCUUUUGGUGCUUAGAGCUGUGUGUAUGCACACACCUUAUUACUACAGGAUGUACCAGUUUUUGCCCCUUCCGCUUAGAAGUGGUUUUUGUAAUCCACAAACUGUAAAUUUCUAAGAACAACUUUUUUAAAAAAUGGCAAAUUACAGCAGGAAUACUCCAAUGUGUGUGCAAUAUUUAUUCUGUUACAUACUAAGUAUGACCUCUGUUGAUAACUAUUCACUCUGGGGGGGGGGGGGGAGGGAAUUUAUUUCUGCAAUCCAGGGUGUUUUUUUUUUUGUUUGUGGUGGUUUUUAACUGCAUUCUAUUUGGGAAUUUUUGCACAAAAACUCUUCAAAACUUUGAAACACCCAUUUUAUAUUAGCUAUGCAAAGACUACAAAGUUAAAGUGCCUAUUUUAUUAUGUAUUUUAUAACUGGGGUCAGACAGUUAUCUAAUAUUUAUAUUUUUAAUAGAUAUUUGUGUCUAAUAUUUACUGUUAAAACUUGGACAAGUCUAGUAACAGACAACAGAUUCAAUGAAUUCUAGAUGCUGAAAACUUUUGUACUGUACCAUUCUAAAAAUUGUAAGUUUUGAUAGAUUAGGAUGGAUACACACUCUCAGUGGGUGCAAUUCCAUUUACUUAUAUCAGUUCUUUCUUUGACCAUUUGUUCUCCAAACAGUUUUAAAUCAAACAUAUUGAAUCCACCUUUUUCAAAAUGUUUAAAAACUGAGGUCUAUUGGCAAAAUGUUAUAAGAUCUGUAUUUUAUGUGAAACUCAAUACAACCAACCCAUUUUGUGAGAGAUUCAAGAUGUCAGCGGAAGAAUCUGCCUUUCACCUGAUAAGGGUUUGCCCAUCUAUGUUCCUACAUAUCUACGGGUCACUUUCUCUCCUUCUCCCCCACACUUAAUUUUUUUCUCUUUUUCUUAUAUAGAGUCCUUGUCCUGAUUUCUAAGAAAUGAUACAGAUAUCACUGCAGUGUCUCCUCCCAUUUUCAGACAGUUCUAGCUUGAUCUGUUGUGAAUAAAUAUUUGCAGUCGCAACAGAAAGCAUAGUUUGCAGUUGAUACUCAAAUAGCUUUGAUCCUCAUUUUUUUUCCUUUUGAUUCAAUAGUCAACUUUUUGGGAGACAUGAAAUUGGUCAUUGGAUUAUUAAAGUGAGACAGAUCUGCUCUAAAUUGAUGCUCUACUGUAAUCUUCAAAACAAUGUUAAAAUGUAAUACCUGGAACUUGGCAGUUUAAUUUUCAUGUCAGUAUUAUAAAUGUUAACCUUUUUCUAAACUUACUUUUCUUGUAGACCAUAUAUGAGGUUGUGGGGAGCAGCAGCGGGUUAACCCUAAUUACUAUCCAUGCUAUACCAUACUUCCAUUUCUGGAACUUUCAAAUGCAUCUCACGUUUGGAUCCAGACAAAAUUGGGUAUUCAUAAUUGCAGUGUUGUUGUUUUUUGCUUGACCUCUUCCCCCGUGGGUUAUUUUGUGAGAGGAUUUUGCAUGUCUCAAAGAACUGUCCAAGGGUUUGGAAUGUGCCUCACCUGUCACUUGAUGCCUAACCCUGUGUUUCAAUGUGUUGUCUGUCUUGCAGCAUGUCAAAAGUGUGUAUAAAAAUGCUACAUUUUAUAUUUCUUUUACAUUAUAUUGUGAAUAAAAUAUUUGA